AAGCUAUCAAAUCAAACACAAAGGUGAUGCAGGAACGAGCUGUGGCUUUGUGAUGGUCGUAGGAAUUCGGUAGUUUGCACUUCUAUUAAAGACCAGUGCCUUGUUUAAACAUUAAUGAAAUAGUCCGUACAUAUAUUUAUUUGAGAAAUAUGCUCUACUCUUCAUUCGUAAACAUUGUGGUGUAAAUAUGUCUCUGAAAACUUUUAAUGUAACAAUGUUUGGUGAUUGUGUAGUGUUGUGCAUGGUUUUAUUAUUUACGUUUGCAGUGAUACAGGAUGUUGGUGCACAACAACUUAAAACUCCCGCAAGCGACUUCAGAAGACACAGAAUCGUUCUGCCGACCGUACACCAUCCGAGGACGAAACGAGAACUCACAACGACAAGGGACACGAACGGUGGACACCACAGGGAGUUGAGGAUGUCUUUGCCCGUUGACGAAGAAGAGUACUUACUGGAACUCAAUCUCAACGAAGAUCUGAUCACGGAUGACCACGUGCUGAGAUACCAGAAAGACGGGAAGAUGAUCGCGCACAAACCAACCAUAGAGGAUAUAGAUCUAUGUCAAUACUCUGGAACUGUGAGGGGGAAGCCGGAUUCAAGAGUGGCCGUUUCUACGUGUCACGGCGUCAGGGGAAUUAUAUACGACGGAGACAGACUGCGGUAUAUCGAGCCCGCUGAAGGGGGCGACAUCCAAUCACAGCACUAUAUGUACGAUCACACGGAUUUACACACGAACUACAACUGCGGGUAUCAUGGUGGUGUGACCAACAACAGUAAUUACGACCCCGAGCUGUAUCACAAAUACCAAAAGGGCGAGGAGUUGAGCCGGACUAGAGUUGCCAGGUACAAAAGGAGCACUGACGACAAUCAAGUACGCGAGCCCUUCAACGCGAACACGCUGUCGCGUUACGUGGAGCUUGUCCUCGUCGUCGACAACAAGGAGUUCAAAGCGAACCACGGAAACCUGCGAGCUGUGUACCAACAGAUAAAGGACGUGGCGAACAUCAUUAACUCUGUCUAUGCUCCACUGAACAUAUUCAUAGCUCUAGUCGGAGUAGAGGUUUGGACGGAAAGAGACGAAAUACAAUUAGAGGAGGACGGCGAUGAAACGUUGAAGCAUUUCUUGCACUACCGGAGAACGACUCUACUAAGAGAAGUGCCCAAUGACAACGCGCAUUUGUUAACUCGGCAGGCGUUCAAAGACGGCGUCGUCGGUAAAGCGCUAAAAGGGCCGAUAUGUACGUACGAGUUCUCCGGCGGCGUGGCCACGAAUCACUCUGAGGUGCUGGGCCUGGUGGCCACGACCAUAGCCCACGAGAUGGGCCACAACUUCGGCAUAGAGCACGACACGGAGGAGCACUGCGAGUGUCCAGACGAGAAGUGUAUCAUGAGUCCGUCCAGCACUUCGGUAAUCCCGGUCCGGUGGUCGUCGUGCAGCCUCAAGUCGCUGGCGCUCUCUUUCGAACGAGGAAUGGACUACUGUCUGAGGAACAAGCCUCGUCGUUUAUUCCAAUCUCCGACGUGCGGCAACGGCUUCAUCGAGCCCGGCGAGCAGUGCGACUGCGGGAUGACGCCGGACCGGAGCGGCAGGAGCGACUGCCACCGCUGCUGCCACCCCACGACGUGCAUGCUGCGUGCCAAUGCGACGUGCGGCGCGGGGACCUGCUGCGAUCUGCAGACUUGCCGACCCAAGUCAGCGGGGACGGUGUGUCGGAGAUCGGAGAAGGAGUGCGACCUCCCGGAGUACUGCACCGGGCAGUCCGAGUUCUGUCCGGACGACGUUUACAAGAUGGACACCAUACCGUGCAACCAUGGACAGGCGUACUGCGUGAAGGGCUCUUGCCGCUCGCACACGGACCAGUGCCGGCUGCUGUGGGGCGUCACCGGGGAGAGCUCGCACGACAAGUGCUACAUGUCAGCCAACGUCAAAGGGAACAAGAACGGCAACUGCGGCUACAUCCGCCCCGCCCAGCGGUACGUGCCGUGCGCUUACGAGGACGCGCGCUGCGGCCUGCUGCAGUGCAGACACCUCAAUGAGAAGCUGGAGUUCGGCAUGGACUCGGUGGCGGCCGUCUCGGCGGUUUUCAUCAACAAUAACGAUGGCACGAUAACGUAUUGUCUGUCCGCCGGCAACUUGCACUACAUUCAAGGCAGAGAUCAGGGUUUGGUUCCGGACGGAGCCGCUUGUGGUGACGGGCGGAUGUGCUUGAAACAAAGGUGCGUGUCCGUUGAGUCCGUCCGGGAGACGAUAGUCAACAAGCACUCGUCGAUCUGCCCGUCCAACUGUUCCGGGCACGGCGUCUGUAACUCCGAGGGUCACUGUCACUGUGAAGCCGGAUUCGCGCCGCCACUGUGUGCCUUGCCCGGCCCUGGUGGCUCCGUGGACUCCGGUCCGGCCACUGACCCGACCAUCCAAAGGAACUUCAUGGUCGCGAUGUACGUGAUCUUCCUCGGCAUCAUACCGUCGGUUCUGCUCGUCAUGUUCCUCGUGUACUACUCGAGACACAACGUGCUGUACUGGUGGAAGAAACCACGGAAAUCGUCUCCGUCACCGAAGAAAGCGAGCCUCCAGCACCGGAUAUCGCGGAGUGCAAGCAAAUUCGCUGCCAAUUUCCAAAAUGGCCCCCAGAACGGUGCCCAGCCCGUCGUGCAUACGCCUUCGAACCCGGACGACAUGAGCUCCAGCCUCCUGAGAAGCGAUUCCGACAGGAACCCGUCAGGUAACAUCAACCCAUCCGUCAAUUUCUUCGGAAACUUCAAAGGUUUCACGUUAACGCCCAUAGAGAAGUCUCAAGACGCCACCGACAAGAGCGAGGUUGACGCGAAGACUGUCAAGACUGCUGCGGAAUCUAAAAGCGCAAAGAUCACGCCGGUACAUCGCAGCAGUAGCAACAGUCAGAGCUUAAUGAAUCAAGGAGUUUUGAAGUCCACGUUACGAGCAGCCCCGCCCCUACCCGUCGUCCCGGCUGCGGCGAAAACCAGUCCGGCAACAAGCCCGGCCGUCAAAAGAACGAACAGUUCGGUACAAAACAGGAUAAAAGCUUUAAUGACCGCAGAGAAACCGGAGGAAACUCCUGUUAAUCCACCGUCCCGGCCAGUCAUAUCCAGUCCUAUACUGGAAGCUUCCACUUGUACUGCGAAAGAAUUGAUAUCUCCGCUGCAGGGAUCCAAAACUUUAGGUCCGAUAAGGGCAGCGCCUACAGUGCCGAGCGCGUCACCAGAUUUCCCUACAAGGCCCUUAAGCAUGCACUCAGCCAGCAGCGUGCUCCAAAAACCCCUACCGGAAGAGCCUAAAAGGGUCAAAGAAGGAAUAUCGCUAAACCGCAUCGCUUCAUUCUUGAAACAAGACAAGCCUAAAGAAAAAGAACGGAAUCCCGUUGAGAGAAGUCACUCUCUGCCCAAAAACCAGAACCAUCAGAUUAAAGUGGCUCUAAGGAAUUUACAAAUCUCGAAGCCUAUUCCGCAGACAGAGAUCGAAUUGCCAGUCGGUGCUGUUUCCGUUGUCUCCGAUUCUGAAGACGAAGACUCUAAAGCAUUCGUGAACAGAGCUCAAAGCAUGAGAGCCCCGCAGGCUCAGAAGCCGACUAUACAAAGUUUUGGUUCAAUGAGGCAGGCGCCCGGGGUUCAACGACCUGUCUCGAUAGUGGGCAGGCCGACCGCACCGCCGCCACCAUUGCCACCGCAAACCGAACCCAACGCCAACCAAACUAACUUCCCCAUUGAAAACAAAUCUGUAGACUACGUUGAUUGCAUUGAAGAGAAGCAGGCUCCUCUAGCCGAUAUAAACGAAGAGUCUCCCGACAAUAUAUACGCGAUCAUCGAAGAAAGUCCCGAGAGUCAUUCGAAGCCAAUACCGCCUCCCACUUCGACCAUACCGCAGCCGAACUCCGGAAGUUCGGAGAGCAUGGGCUUACUGGGAGAGAUAGUUAACGAAAUACAAAACCGGAAUCUCGAAUCGAUAUAUUCGGUAUCGACACUGAAAAGGAAGCAGAAGGAUCGAAAAGAGAAGGAGGGCUCUAAUCGAGACAGCACGUACACGAACUCAGAGCACUACAAGACGCCUGAGAGCGUGUAUAGUAACUCCGGAGCGAAGUCGACAGUUUCGACAACAAGCAGCGGGUAUCUACUGCCGUCAGCUGUGAACGUACCGAAUUUUGUAACCAAAGAUACAGGAGAGGUCACCGACAGUGAGAAAGCACCUCCCUCGCCCACUCUGAAGGGAGGGCCAAACUCGAAAAUCCCUACAUUCUCGCGCCAAGUGACACCGCCCGGCUUAAAAACAUUCAGAAACGCAACGCCUUCACCGAAAAGUACCCUGAAGAACGCUCAUUUAUCCACCAAAAUAUCGAACAGUCCAGAUUUAGUUUCGAGCUGUAACGUACCAGAGACGAAGAACAAGACUCCAGACGUAAUCAACAAUAAUAAAAUACCAAACGAAGCGCCUAAAGUUGCGACGAAGCCCGCGGUGACGGCCAAACCAGUUGACAACAGACCGCCUCUAAAACAAGGCCCGAACGCAGACAAAAAACUCUCGGCCAAAACAAAUCAGCCAUUGAAACCUGUUAAUUCAUCGUCAAACUUGAACAAAACCGUAGAAAAGAAUCCGCCCUUGAAUCGUGCCAAUUCUAAACUAGAGAAUAAUGUUAAAUCUAUAGCAGAUAGUUUGAACAAGAAUAAGCCUAAAGUAGUACCUAAGCCCACGACCCUGGUGAACAAAACCGAAUCCACUGUCAAACCAAAUUCCACUAAAUUGACAGCGAAGCCCUCAAAUGUUGCCAGUUUGCAGCAAAAGUUCGAAAAUAGAAAAUCUAUAGGCAAAGAGAUCAAUGUAAGAAAAUAGUAUUUGAAUUUCUAAAGAGUUUUAGGUCUUAAUUCGCGUUAUACAUAUUUCUAGUCGACCAUAGUACAUAAAGAAGGACAUUUCGAGAAGUAACAAAUAUUAGCUAUGAAAGAUCUGAUAUUGAAAUUGAAAGUAGAAAAAUGUUUUUUUUUUAAAUAUUUUGUAAAUUUUUUUUUAUAAUUCUAAAUAUCCACAUUUUGAUUGGAAUUGUUUGCGAUAAGAAAUUACUUAUCAUUUGUGAAAUGACUGAUUUCCCUUGUAAACGAAUAUUAAAAUUACGUAUAACAUACUUAAUUUGCAAAAAAAUAAAUUUAAUAUAUUUGAAAGAAAAAAAAACAAUAAAAUAAUAGUUUUUGACGCAAAAAGGAAUUACUUUGAUCGUUAUUUUUGAUAAGUAAUUUUACAAAGACACUUGUGACACGUAAAAUGAAUUCUAUAAAAACAAAACAAUAAUUUAUUAUAUAAGUGAUCUCUGUAAAUAUUAUAGUGUAUAUUCCUUUAAAAGUUAGUGAUAUAAUAAUAUUAAUAAUGAUCAAGUGUCUUAUACUAUGAAAUGUCGUAAAUGAGAAUGUUCGGUUUGUAUUUUUAUAAAAGAUUAAAUGUUUGUGUGAACUACACGUGUAUGUUUGAACGUGUGUUGUGUUUGUGAGCCUCGGUACUAAAGAUUUAUGACAGAAUGAGAUUCAAUGUGAAAUGAUGCAUUUUUAAGUUAGCGGGGAACUGUAUUAGGCGGAUAGACAGCAGUGAUCAAUUCUAAUUAGUUACUUUAAUUCUUAAAUUCAUAAAGCUUUAAAUAGCCGAAGAAAUCCGGUAAAAACCUGAAUCACGCUAACGACAUUUAUAAGAUAAGUUUGCCUAUUGUCUAUUAAACCCAAUUUGAACCGCGCGUCUGCUGAAACCCCGGUUGCUAGAUCUUCGCUUUUUCGUUUCCCUAUAGGCAAACUUAGUCAAUAACAGACUAUUACCCAUAUAAUUCUUUGCUAUUCGUGAUCUAAAAAAAACUUACAUAAGCCUAAUAUAGUUCCGCCUUAACACACCUUUAUAAUAUAAUUAAAAAUAUAUCAAUUAUGUGUUCGCCAUAUUUUAUUGAUUGGUGCUAAGGCAACGGAAUAUGCUUUCAAGCAAUGAAUUGUAUAUUUUUAUAACGAUUAAAUAUUUAGCUUUAGCAACAAAUAUGUUUAUAAUGAUGGCAACACUGAAUUUCUGUGUUGCCGUACGACACAACGAUUCUUGUUUACUUGACUAGUUACGUUAUAACGAUUGAAUGUGUUCUGUAUGAAAAAACAAUCUUCCGUCGGAAUGAAUACUGCCAUUACAGCUUAGUACAAAUAUAACUGGUGCUGAUUCAUCGCAAUCAAAUGUUAUUAUCAUUAAGGUAGGUACUGUUUAAAUUACGUAAAAGCCAAGAGCUGUUAGUGAAUUAUUUCCAUUAAAUUUCAUAUUCUUAUGUGAUGUACUUGUUUGAGAAUCGCUUUCAUCUCAAAAUUAUUAUAAUUUUUUACUAUAAUUAUGCGUUCUCACUCUUUUCAUUCAAUCUUCGUUCUAUUGUCCGUAGCAAGAUGCAUUAAUGUGUUUCUUGACUAUAUUUAGUGAAAUUCUUUGGCUAUUUUUUUUUUAUUGCCUUUUUAGGCAGAUUAGCAUACGGCCCACCUGAUGGUAAGUGGUCACCGUCGCUCAUAGACGUCAGCAAUGCCAGGGGCAGAGCCAAGCCGCUGCCUACCAUAAAGUACUCUCCGCAAGCCUCGUUUGAAGGACAUGUCAUCAUAUUAUAAAAAAGUUCAAAAUCAUUUAGCAGUCGGUUAAUAAAAUUAAAUUUAAAUAUUAGUCAAUGAAUAUAAUAAUAUCGUAGAAGAUAAACUAUGAAUUUAGAUAAUACUUAGGCAGCUUUGUUUAAUGGUUUAGUGCAGCAGAUCUUAGUGAUACGCUAAAAUAUCAACUGGUGCUCAUAUUUUUGCUGUGUGAGUUCACUAAACUGGUGAUUGUAAAAAUGGAUAAUAGGUUUUUUUAUGAUACCAAGAAAUAUUCGCUAAUUGAGUGACAAACUUUAUGCCUAAACUAUUUUAGAUUAUCAUGUGAAGUGGCCGUGAUCUAACAUGGCAAGAAAUAGAACAGAAAAACAAUGAAAAUAAAAUGCAUCAGGCAUUUGUUGAUAAAAGAGCGCGGGUAGGUACCAGCAUCAUGUCGCGAAACGGUCAUGCAUUCCGCUUUGAAGGGUAGGACAGUACUCAGGUGUUAAAAAAUAAUUAGGUAUUUUAUCUAACGCCUCAAAAUGAGCAGCGGAACUAAUGUUGUUACCUGCAUACGCUCCGGUUACCACUAAAGACCAUUUGACUGCUCAUAUACAGCAAUCAAAAAGUGUUCACUAAACUAAGAAAUGCUGACUGGAUGGAUGGCAAGGGCAUUUAAUUUGGCGGCUGUCAUUUUUGACAUAUUAAACGUUAUACGGUCUUGUCAACACAAAAAAAAGAGCCAUGUUAUUAUAAUUUAUAUUAAAUAUUUGUUACAAAUAUUAGAAUUUGUAACCAAGGGCUGACCACACAAUUGUGAUAUUCAAUAAAGAUUGGUUUAAAUAGAUAAAUUACAUUAACUCGUUUACGGAACCAAAGAGAUUAAUAAUUGAAAAUUAAUCAACGUCUUAUGUUAAUUUGGAAAUCUACUAGCCUCUACUACAUAUUAGAUAUUAACUUAUCAGCGUAUGGGGACAAGAAAUUAAGCAGUGAAUCGUGCUUACGUCCUUGGGCGACGGUGAGCCUAAAGUCGUAUCCAUAGAUUAUACCCUUAAUAUAUUCGAGAGUCGUAUCCCCUAGAAAGUAGUAACAAAACGUUAACGUCAUUAAUAAAGGCUUAGACUAAAAAGAAACCUAUUUAUUCAGUACAUAGAUUAAUUUAUCAAAUGAAAACAGAAUGCGUUGAAAUUGCUCGAAAAUUACCAAUCGACCAAUUUUGCCAACCUACUUAGACUAUAAAGUAGCUUAAAAACAAAAUAAAACAACAAAUUACAAAAUGCAAAUAGAAUUAAAAAAAACUCAGUGAGGUAUUAGAUGACAAAAUAAUAAAUUUAUUGCGUUAUCAUCGAUCCUUGGUACGUGUCCAAACUUUCAAGUUAUUCGAACUCUUAAUGUUUAUAAAAGUUACGCGAUACAGAUCAAGCGAGUGAAAGCGUCUAAAUUGGUACUCGUCGAGAUUCUAAUGUUAUCUGCCUUGUAGGAAGGAACAAGGGAUAUGAAUUCAAAUGUCGGAUUGUAAUGCAUCUGCAUCUUUUUGUAUGCAAUUGGAACAGCGCCCCUAGCGGCAAACGCACGCAAACGACCCCAAUCCAUACAAAUAUGAAAUAACUUUUACGCUAUCGAGUACGUAAAAAAACUCGCACUAAGCACACUGCUCUCUCAUUGACCCACGCCCGAUGUAGUUUAGGCAAACGAACGAAAGUCUGACAUUCGAAGUAAACUAUAAAUAUCUUUGAUUAACUCAACCUGAUUUUACUGGUGCAUUAAGAUCCGCAUCAGCCAGCAUCCGUCGCGAAACAGUUUCUCAUUCCGUUUUAAAACAUUGAACACAAGUUGUGUGAUGCAUUUAUUUAGACUAUCCAAACUACGAUAACAAAUUCACUUCAGACGGGCGAAUUUCAAAACAAACAUGAACAAUUCCCAUUAAUUACUAUUGUCUCUUAAGUUAAAGGAUAGUUACCAAAAUUAUUAUAUUAUGUAAUUUAAACCCCCAUUGUUAAUGAUGGUAAUUUAUGAUAAGGUGAAAUAGAUUUCCAAAAGCAUAACGUAUGUUAGAAAAACUAAAUAUAUUAAACUAAUUAAAACAUAAGGCAGCGUCAUACGCGUUUUAACUACGCCCUUUUUAAAGCUGUGACUUCAAUAUUAAUUUGGAUUUUUCCAAAUAGGAUCAGUAUAUAAUGCAUUAUGUUAUUAUUAACAUAAAAUGUAUGUUAUUAAGCACAUAAAAAGGUUUUGUUUUUUUCUAGCAGCACAUGUUGCCAGUUUAAAAAAUGAUACUUAAGCUUCUAUUUUAUAUUAUUGCAAGACUGUGAAAAUAUUUUUUUCUGUAUUUUUUGCACAUAAGUUAAUUAAGUUAAACUGUAAAAUUAAUGAAUAAAAUUUAUCAUACAUUGUUAAAUUCGUUGAUCACUUAACUGAAUAAAGUGUGUCAUUGAA